AUGGCAUUCCCGCAGCUGGUCCAGACCUUACCCUUGGUACUGAUUCUGUUGGCUGUCCCAGCCCCAGCAGCUGCAGACUUCAACAUCUCAAACCUCUCUGGUGUGCUGUCCACCGCGCUAACGGAAAGCCUGCUUAUUGCCUUGCCCCCCUGUCACCUCACAGGGGGUAAUGCCACGCUGAUGGUCCGUAGAGCCAAUGACAGCAAAGUGGUAAAAUCCAACUUCGUGGUGCCUCCAUGCCGCGGACGCAGGGAGCUGGUGAGUGUGGUGGACAGUGGGGCCGGCUUCACAGUCACUCGGCUAAGUGUAUACCAAGUGACAAACCUCGUGCCAGGAACCAAAUACUAUAUUUCCUACCUAGUGAAGAAGGGGACAUCGACUGAAUCCAGUAAAGAGAUCCCAAUGUCCACACUUCCUCGAAAGAAGAUGGAGUCCAUUGGGUUGGGCAUGGCCCGAACAGGGGGCAUGGUGGUCAUCACAGUGCUGCUCUCGGUUGCCAUGUUCAUCCUAGUUGUGGGCUUCAUCAUUGCCCUGGCACUGGGUGCCCCAAAGUAAAGAGGUCAGCGUUGGUCAGCAAGCUCCUCCAGGAAGGCCAGGGCAC